AUGAGCUCGCGAUCUACUUACUGGGGUGCUGGUACUUCGAUCGUCCUUCGACGCUUGCCUCGCCUAGUCUUCCCGCAUGUUCUCAUAUGGGCGCUCGCUACUCUUGGGGUAGAACAUUCACGGAUGCUCCAAGAUAAUGUUUCUAGGCCAGCACUGGCAGCGGCUCUCUGGCUUAUAUACAAACUCUCAGAUAGGGGCAUCAAAUCAUAUCGAAGGAAUCAAGACCGCUGUCAAUUGGGACCGGACGUUAUUGAAGUCCCUCAAGUCAAGUUCAAGUUGCCUUGGAACAUUGAUUUCAUUCCAUUUGCCAAUGAGGCUCGCGAGCAUGGAUACGUAAAUGACGCGAUGGCUCCAUUUUUGGAUAGCAUCGGAAAUAUCUUCAAUCUAACCUUGUUUGGGGAAGAUUUCAUUUUCACUAAUGAACCGGAACAUGUCAAAGCCAUGCUCAGUACUGACUUUGCCAACUUUGUCAAAGGCCAUUCAAAUCACGAAAAAAUAUUCAGUCUUCUUGGCGAAGGUGUAUUCAACGUAGAUGGUGAAAUGUGGAAAUUCCACCGUAACAUGACUCGACCAUACUUUUCUCGAGAGCGAAUCACACAUUUCGAACUUUUCGCUCGACACUCGGACGCUGCCAUUGCCAAAUUACUAUCUCAGCCCGAUGCAGUGGACUUUCAAGACCUGGUAUCCAAAUUCACCCUGGACUCGGCUUCUGAGUUCCUGUUUGGCAUUAAUGUCAGGUCGUUGGAGCAGCCUCUACCUGUACCGCAUGUGAAAGAAACAGAAGGGAACACGUUCUCGGCGGCGUUUACGAGUGUUCAGGCCCAGGCUGUGGUCCGUUUUUCGUAUGGCGCUCUGUGGCCGUAUAUGGAGUUCUUUUCGGAUCGGACAAGAAGGGAUAUGCGUGUCAUUGAUGCGUUCAUAAAGCCUAUCCUUGAGGCCAAGUUGAGUCUGAAAAAGAAGGGCGCUUUGGAGGAAGACGAAGAGCGGGAAACGCUGAUAGACCACUUGUUGAUCAAGGAUGAGUUGUUUAACAUCAUGGUCGCUGGAAGAGACACGACGGCCAGCACUCUGACUUUUGCGUGCUAUAUGCUUGCUACCAAUCCACACGUCCUCUCCAAGCUGCGCGCCGAGGUUCUCGACCACGUUGGUACCAGUUCAUACCCAACUUUGGAUAGCUUUAGAGAUAUGAAGUAUCUCCGAGCCGUUAUCAACGAAAUCCUCAGGCUCUACCCUCCCGUUCCGCUCAACCAACUCUGGUGGGAAGCAUACUUCAUCCCUGCUGGUGCUGCGGUGAUAUAUUCGGUAUUAUUUAUGCAUACGAGGAAAGACCUUUGGGGCGACGAUGCCGAGACGUUUGAUCCUGAACGGUGGUUGGACGACCGGUACAAGAAAUACGUGCUACCCAACCCCUUUAUUUUCUUACCUUUCAAUGCUGGGCCCCGCAUCUGCCUUGGCCAACAAUUCGCAUACAAUGAAAUCUCAUUCUUCUUGACCCGUCUACUUCAGAGUGUAGACCAAAUCUCACUCGCUCCCGAUGCCCAACCUCUUGAAUCUCAUCCUCCUACAUCAUGGACCAAGGAACCUGGUCGUCGAGCCACAGAAAAAAUCUGGCCAAGAGCGCAUUUAACUCUGUAUUCUCACGGGGGUUUGUGGGUUCGAGUAAAGGAGGCCGGGACUAUUUAG